AGGUCAGAAACAAGCUGCGAGGUUGGGAAUCCUUCUUUUUUUUUACGCAACACGGGGGAAAUGUAGCCUACGAUUAGAGAUUAUUAUUAUUUACGGUGUUAUUUUGUCUUGGGUUACGCUCUUAGCUCCAGCAAUGCCGAAUGCCGCAAGACCUAUAUCCAGUUGCUGUGAAUAACGCGGCGAACGACAAUGGACUGCUUUUUUAACGGUACAAUGCAUUUCACCUACCAGAUAGGGAGAGUCCAAGCUGAAAGAUGGAAAUGUGUUGUGAUGCUGAGUGAUUAGUAUCAAUGAACACGUUUGGCCUGGGGGAAAAAAACUGACCGAAUGAAAUAAAACGCUAUUUUUUACUCAGGAUACGUGCGGAACAGUUAGAGAGAUAAUUCUGUAUUGGACAAUCGUAACAGGUCCGAAGCGCACUUUUCCCCCUUCAGCGAAAGAAAAUGAUCCGGUCAAUCAUAUGGACAUGGCUCAUUAUUCAAUGAACACAAUCUCUCACCAAGGCAUCGUUUACAGACAGGAAUUUCUUUCGCGCUACUCCAAAUUUAAAGGCGCUUGUCUUCCCCCCUCUGCAAACCUGUCUGUGUUCUUCCUGAGCUACGUCGGUGAGGCGGCAGUACUGCAGUGAUCUACGGAUGUCAAUUAGAGGACCCAAAGAAAACAUAUUAGGACAGAGACACAUCCCCUCUAGGUCGGUUGUCAUUGCUGUGUGCUGUAGUGACUCAGUGGCAGUGACUGCCUGGGUCUCCUCGAACCUGACAGACAGGCUCCAGACCAGUAUGCCGUUAGUGUGUUAAGGAUGGAGGAAUCUAGUUUGUGCCUUGGUGUGUCUUCAGCAGUAUCGGACGCUGACAGAGACCAUCUGAGCAACGCAGUGCUAAAUGGCCGAUACCCCAUCAGUCAGAAGCUCCACCAGCUGACAACCCAGCUGGGCCACGCCUUUCCCGACCUACAGAGCCGACAGCAGAUCCCAGAGGAGAAAGCUGCCACCCCAUUGGAUGAGAAGAGCCACGCUGCCCUGGCCAGUCAACCAAUCAGCAGUCAGAUGGCACUGCUCGCCAACCAGCUCAACCGGGACAUAGAUGCAAGUGCCCUGGCCAACCUGAAUGGGCGUGUGGACCUGCAGCAGUUUCUCAAUGGGCAGAACCUGGGCAUCAUGUCCCAGAUGAAUGACAUUGAAGACGAUGCCCGCAAGAACAGGAAGUACCCGUGUCCGUUGUGCGGCAAGCGAUUCCGCUUCAACAGCAUCUUGUCGCUGCACAUGCGCACACAUACAGGCGAGAAGCCCUUUAAGUGCCCCUACUGCGACCAUCGGGCAGCACAGAAAGGCAACCUCAAGAUCCACCUACGCACCCACAAGCUGGGAAACCUCGGUAAGGGACGCGGCCGCGUCCGUGAGGAGAACCGUCUUCUACAUGAGCUGGAGGAGAGGGCCAUCCUGAGGGACAAGCAGAUCAGGAGCAGCAGCCUCCUUCAGCCAGCCCAGCCCCUGCAGCACCAGCCACACCUUGGCCCUCAGACCCAGCAGCAGCAGCAACAGCCUGGCUCUGCCUGUGGCCUCCUCACCCCCACCAGCCUGGGCACUCCAGACUCCCUCUCCCAGCCGUCAUCCUCCCCCAAGCCGGCCAGCGCCCAGGAUGACCAGGCCCUGAACCCACCCACUGGAUUCCGCUGUACCUUCUGCAAGGGCAAGUUUAAGAAGCGUGAGGAGCUGGAUCGUCACAUCCGCAUCCUGCACAAGCCCUACAAGUGCACCUUGUGUGAGUUUGCUGCCUCGCAGGAGGAGGACUUGAUCAGCCAUGUGGAAAAAGCCCAUAUCACGGCCGAGUCAGCUGCGGGACAGGGUGCAGCUGGCGGCACUGAGAAGCCUGCCAACGAGUUCCGCUGUGAGGUGUGUGGCCAGGUCUUCAGUCAAGCCUGGUUCCUCAAGGGCCACAUGCGCAAGCACAAGGACUCAUUUGAACACGUCUGCCAGAUCUGUGGUCGUCGCUUCAAGGAGCCCUGGUUUCUCAAGAAUCACAUGAAGGUCCAUCUCAAUAAGCUGGCCAUCAAGAGCAAGCCCCCAGCAGAGGACAUAAACGCUGUCAACACCAUGAACAGCAUGGCCCAGGAGGCCCACGCUAACCUCUACUCACGCUAUAUCUCCUGCCUGCAGGGCGGCUUCCUAUCCCCAGACAAACAGGGUCUGAGCGAGCAACACCAGAUGCUGGCCAAAGCCGGCAUUGCCAUGAAGGAGAAGGAGAUGCUGGGGAAGCUGCUGGGCCCAAUGGCAGGGAUGGGCCAUGGCCUUGGCGAGGGGGAGAAGCGCUCUCUCCUGGGCUGCCUGAACCUGGUGCCCCCCCUGAAGUCCAGCUGCAUGGAACGCCUCCAGGCGGCUGCCAAAGUGGCAGAGAUGGACCCACUGAAUAGCUAUCAGGCCUGGCAGAUCAUGGCUCGAGGCAUGGCCAUGGACCGCGCCUUUAUGCCCAAGGAGCAGCACCAUGAGCAGCACCAUGAGGAGAUGGCCAAUUCUGCCGGCAUGGCCUUCACUAAAGAGAAGCAUGACUUCCCUAUGAUGGGCUCCAACGAUGGCUCCAAGCAGAAGCAGCACAUCGAAGCUCUGCAUGGCUCGAAGGCCGGCAGUGGAGCCAUGAUGCCCCUGAAAGACGACGGAGUGGGCUUCGACAGCCACCGUGAAUUCAUGCCCCAUCAUGGCGGCCAUGGCAUGGGCCUGGGCCACGGCCUUGAGUACAACCACCUGACUAGCCUGAAAGAGAAGCCCACAGAGUGUCCUGAUUGUGGCCGGGUCUUCAGGACCUACCAUCAGAUGGUGGUCCACUCUCGGGUGCACAACAAGGAGCGGCGGCCCAUAGAAGAAGCCAUCCAGCAGCAUAACAACACCACAGGACUGGAUGAGCGGCGUGGCUCGGCCAGCGACCCAGAGUCCCAGUCUAUCAGCAGGUCCACCACCCCUGGAUCCUCCAACGUGACGGAGGAAAGCGGAGCCGGAGGAGGCCACUCCCAGACCGGUAGCGUCCAAGACGACAGCCCACACCCAUCUUCCCCAUCCUCAGAUGUCGGGGAUGACCUGGGGAAGACAGCAGGGAGUGUUCAGCAGGCCCCAUCCCAGCACAGGGACAGGAGCCUGGGCUCGGCCAUCAAGGACUGCCCAUACUGUGGGAAGACCUUCCGCACCUCCCACCACCUCAAGGUCCACCUGAGGAUACACACAGGAGAGAAACCCUACAGGUGCCCUCACUGCGACUACGCAGGCACCCAGUCUGCCUCACUGAAGUACCACCUGGAGCGCCAUCACCGUGAGCGGCAGAAUGGCAGCGGCCCCUCCUCCGGACACGCCCCUCCCUCUGAGCACAAGGAGGAGCACGGCAAGGGUGGCGUCUUCGCCCGUCCUGAUGUCCUCCGCGGCGUUUUCAAGGGCAUGCCCUCCAGCCUGGACUUCAGAGGGGGACCGUUGCACCCCCACCAGUGGGCACCCCCGGAUAUGUUGUCCCCCAGGGAGCGUGAGAGGGACAGAGAGCGAGAACGCCAUGGCCUGGGAUCUGACACUCCCUCUGAAAGCAUGAAGAGCCCAGAGGGCCCCUCCGCCGCAGACGUCCCAGCCAGCUUCAGAGACCUGGGCCGGGCGUACCAGAGCAUGGUGGGAAACGGUGUCAACUUCCAGGGCUCCCUGCAGGCCUUCAUGGACAGCUUCGUCCUCAGCUCCCUGAAGAAGGAGAAGGAGAUGAGAGAGAGCCACCUGCAGUCCCAGCAUUACUUUGAGAGUGGUGAGCCCAAAGCCAAGAGGGCUGAUACUGGUGAGGAGAAGGCUGAGGCCAAGCCAUCAACGGGCAAACCUGGGUCCCAAUACGAGCCCCUGGAUCUGUCUGUCAAUGUCAAGCCUGAAACAGGCUCUCUGCCUGGCUCCUCUGUCACCUUCCAGGACAACGUGGCGUGGCAUGGCUGCCUCUUCUGCUCCUUCACCACUGCCUCUGUGGAGCUGAUGGCCCUCCACCUGCAGGCCAACCACCUGGGCAAGGCCAAGCAACGCAAGGAGGACAAGGAGCACAAGGGAGAGCCCUCCCACUUCCUCAAGGCCAGCAUGGGCCCAGCCCACCUCCAUGACAGAGACAAUGACAGAGAGGGGGAGAAGAGCCAGUCAGCCUGGUCCAACCACAUGGAGCCCCACGCCAGCAUGGGAGCCUUCCAGAGCGACUUCUACAAGCAGUAUGGAGGCAUGUACGAUGGCUCUCCAAGGACCCCGGGCCUCCAGGGGUUUGGAGCGACAUGCCCUGACCCAGCCCUGGAGCAGCAGAGCCAGGCCAGAGAAACAGCUGGGGAUGAGCUCUCAGACAAGGCCUCCUGCGGGGAGCUGGAGGAGCAGGGACAGUCUGAGGAUGAGGAUGGCAGGGCCGGCGAGCGCUGCCACAGCACCGAGUCCUCCUCCGCCCAACCAGAGAGACAGCAUCCCCACUCUGAUGACGUGGAGGAAGAGGAGGAGGAAGAGGACAGGAUGGAGGGGGAAGAUGAAGACAGUGCCACCUAUCAGAUGCCGAAGCAGAUGCAGGCCGUAUCCCCGGCUAGAGAGGCCCAACGACCAGGGGCCUCCAUGGGACCUGGGGCCCCUUUCCCUCCCCAGUCCCAGCCUCAGCCGCCCCUGGAGAAGCACUGGCAGCAGGGCUUGGGUCUCCUUUCAUCUCCUGGUGGUCCCUCUGGGCUGCUGAAGCCGGAACAUGCCCAUCUCGAGCAGCAGAUGAACAUGCUGUCCGUCCUGAGGGCCUACAGCUCGGAGAAUCUCGCAGCGUUGAACGGACUUGGAAGCAGCUCAAACAGCGGCAGCGGCAUCAAGAGACCAGACGCACCCAGUCACGGAGGUCAGGGGGGUCGGAAGCCGUUCCAGUGCAGGUACUGCUCCUACAGUGCCUCUCAGAAGGGCAACCUGAAGACCCAUGUCCUGUGUGUCCACCGCAUGCCCUUUGACAACAGCCAGUACCCUGACCGCCGCUUCAAACGCUCCCGCGUCGACUCGGACGCCUCAGGGAACUCUGAGGAUGGGACCACCAGCUACCCCAUGGGAACCCAGUGGGGCAUGGCCGACCCCCCUCUCUCUGGAGACCCCCUGCAUCCAUGACUGAUGUCACCUGGCAUGGAGGUGCCAGCCUUCAACUCUACAACUACUGUACUCACUAGAGCCACAUAACAGGGACUACUCAGUUCGCCUACUCCCAGAGCACAGCCAGACAAAGGGGGGCAUCAGUGACUGUACUGUUUUACCCAGAGCUCACAGGACAUCCUCAGUGUGUAUUAAGUUAGUAACAAUAACAUAACAUGCAUAUAAACUACACAUACCAUGGGUAGAGCAUUCUUUAAGAUGGGUCCUGAAGAAAUGCAUAUAUUCAUUAAUAUAAAACUAAGUACAGAUAUGUUAAAUGUAGUUAUGUAACAAAUAGUGGAGACGACUAUAUUAAAAAAUAAAAAAAUGAAAAAAUGAAAAAAUCCUUAUAGUGACUUUUGUCAAGAAAAAGUGCUUUUAUCAGAAAAAUGAUCCUGUAAACGAUUUAGCGACAGUUGGGGAAGAUGGAAGAGCCUGUUGAACACACCCCUCAGAACAUGACACCGGCGGCUGCCAUUUGCAGAGGGCGAAUGAUGAGCAGCCAGUGGAGGCUGGGGCAGGCAGCGGAAGUGGUGGGGGGGCCUUGGUGCCAGCCUGACUGGAGUUGUCAUCGCAGAGGAAAUCAAUUCAACCCCCCCCUCUACUUUUUCAUCUUUCUCGACCCAGCAGUCCAGCCCCCUCCACCCUCAGCCCUCUGUCCCCUACUGCACUACAGGAGUAACCUAACCUUGGCCGACAUGUGAGGGGGUCAAACUCAGUUCCAUCAGCUGGCCAGAGCCACCCUCCUCCUACUCCCCCUCCACUUUCUCUGUCUCUUUUAAACGACUAAAAUCCAACAUGGCCUCUGGAAGAAAGAAAAUCAAUGAUGUAUUUAAAGGAGCCAUUAGAGUCACAGAGAUGUGUUCUGUGCAAUAUUGUCAUUUAUUUGGAUAUCACCUUACCAGACACUGAGAGGUGGAGUUAAUUGAAUGUGUUUUAUUUCAUUUAACUUUUAUGUUAGAUAAUGGUGAAGUCUAUUUCUAAGGUGGGUGGUUGUUCUUUGAAAUUGAAAGUGUAGAUAGUGAAGAUGUACAUAGUGGAAUUGGGACCUCUACAACUUGAUGUACUGUAACUUUAGUCAGAGGUUGAAUGUUUUGUUUAUAGGAAGAGUGUGACUCUGAAAUCUAAUGAAGGAACGUCACAGAACAUGUUUUCUAAGACACGAUGCAGGACUAUCUUCUUAUAAGCUCUUCUAAAGCAGCUUCAGAAUGAGCAAUAAUAAAUAGAGAUAAUCAUCCUGCUCCCUGUCUCUAAUUUAAACGUUUUAGUAAAAAAAUUGACAAACAACCUUUUCUAAAAAUUGAUUUUCCAAUUCAUUUUUAGGUUUCGGACAAAGCAUUUUGUGAGUAUAAAUAUAUCAUGUUGUUUGUGUUGAUUUUCUAUAUGUUACUUUACUGAAACAAUUAACAAACCAUAUAGUUUUGAUCCUAUAAAAUCAAGCUGCUUAAAGGGCAAAAAAGCGUUUCAACUUUCAGUAUACCUCCUUUCACUGAAUGCUAUUGGAUAGUGGGGGGUAAACAGAAGAUUAUGCUUUUUAUUGUGUUGAUAUGGGAGCAUGGGGGGAUGUUUAAUGUUUCUGAUAAAGAGAAAUGAUCCGGACUUUAAGAAAGUCAAUAUCUUCCCUCACAGCCAAGGAGAGCUAAGCAUUUAAACCCCAGGGCCUUAACACCACAGCUAUGCCUAGAGGAGUUUACAGUCCGGUCAAACACACUGCUCCUAUCAGUUGAGAGAGAGAAAUAAGAAAAGAAAGAAAGACAGAAACAAGAGAAAUAAAGGAAUAAAGAAAGUAUGGAUAUGUACAGAAUGCAGUCGUGGUUUAAAUGGGGUCCUUUUAAUUAGGACUUUUCUGCCAUUCAGCGAUCUACUUAGUGUUUUUUGUUCAUUUGCUUUCCUAGCAUAGUUUGCACUGCCUUACUUCAAAUCGAGUCGAUCAAUGUAAUGCAACUGUUUGUAUGAUCUCUACCAUGGAGCCACAACAUUGAGAUAAAACUAAAAUGACUAUAGUGAGCUUUAGGUUUAAAUGCACUACUGUGUUCUUGGUGACUGUGCCAGUCGCUUGCUUUUUCGUGUGUGUAUGUACGUGUGUGUGGGUGUGCCUACCUAACUAUAUUACAGAAAAAAACAACUACAAAAAAGUAAAAAAUUAACUCUAAAGAAAAAAAAUCACAUUCCAUUUCUAGCACUUUUCAGGUUUUUCAGUAUAUCUGUAAGUUUCAAGCUAUGCGAUACGGCAAUAAUGCUGUUUAUGACACUGGAAACAUCAUUGGUUGCCAUUCUCUGUGACGUGUUCGUCCAUCCCUUACUGUUUACCUGCCUGUAUUUCAAAAUAACCCAUGUUUGUCAUGAUUCAAUUAAGAAACAGAUACAAAUGUGCAAUUAGAACCUGAACAUCCCUGCGCUAAGAAAUAAGUUAAAUCAUUUCUAUGUAUUUCUCUCUGUACUACAUGAUCAUGGUCAUGAUACUGUCCACAUUCCUAAAUGAAGAAUAUUUCUAUAUUGGAGGUAAAGUAAGUAGAGGAUUUUGUUGCUUUAAGCUUACAACCAGUAGACAACUUGGUAUUUAAAUAUAAUUAUUGGGCAUUAUUUAUUAUUCUACAUCAGUUUUACAGAAGAGGAAAACAAUUCUGAUAACGGUAAAUCAAAGUUGUUUUUCAUUCAAAAGUAAUGUUUCAUUGACUCUUUCUGCUGUUAGGAAGUUCUAAAGUAUUUGAAGCAGUACAUUUUAUCCAGUGUUUUACGCAAUAAAACC